AGAGUCUCAAAAUAAGAAAAGAUAUGAUUUAGAAGCUGACCAAUGAAAUCACUCGAUUUAUUCAGCCCGUCAUGUAGCUGAAGAUGAAGAUCAUGGCGGAAAACGAUUAUUUUCCCAUCGGAAGUUUAGUGUCGUGUAAGACAUGCCAUGGUCAAGAGAUUCAAGGAGAAGUAAUGGCAUUCGACCAUGGAUAUAACCUUCUAGUUUUGAAAUCAGCUGCAGGAAGUGGAAAGGCCAAUACUCAUGAUGUUAGGUUUAUAAAUCUCCAACUAGUAGAGGACGUCAAAUUUCUAAAUGAUGAACAAACAGAAGCACCUCCUCUCACAAGUCUCAACAUAAGCAAGUUACAUAGCAGGGCAAGACAAAGUGUUGAAGAGAAGCAAAGGCAGGUGAAAUACAUUGGUGUAGGGGUGACAGCAGAAGCCCAGCAGCUAUUUCAUUUUAUUACUAAAACAAUAAACGAUAUCCGAUGGGAAGGCAAAAAUAUAGUGGUCUUUGACACAGUCAUUGUGACGCCUCCUUAUUCGGUGAACAACUGCACAGGCAAAGAUGGGAGUGAUGCCUUAACACAUAUUAGAAAACUAGUUGAAAAGUUCCAUCGAGACGUGGAAGGUAGCAGACAAUCCCAAAGUCCAACAACAUCUUAGGUAUCCAGAAAGUCCAGUUUAUUCUCAAGGAAGAUAUCAUCACCAGUGAUGGCUCUCAUAAUGUCCAACUUAGAUCACUGCUCCUCGUGGGUAGAGGUGUGGAAUAGAAUAUGUGAGAAUAGUUCCUGUUUCGAAGAAUGAUGUCAUUUCACUGAGUUUAAUCAAAAUUUUCCUUAUUUACAUGUCAUAAGUAUAUGCAUUUGUGUACAAUUGAAAUAUGCCACCCUACUGCUACUGAUCAUAUUAAGUGGUGUAUUUGCCCAGGUUUAUCCAUUCGGGAAAAUUAUGGAAUAGAUAGAUCGAGGAUGUAAAAGUGGAUUUUGAAUGCAAGAAAAUGAUUUUUAUCUUCCAUCAGUUUUAGUUGAUUUGAAACAUGUUUUAAUCAUUGAAAUGACCAUGAAGUGAUGAGAUAGCAUUUUGUAAUCUUAUUCAUGUGUACAUCAGAAUUUAAUGUUUAGAAUAUCAAGAGAAGUGUGCAAACUGCAACCAGGCUCCAAGUAACCCCGUCUCUCAUUGGUUACAAUACG